ACGUUGGCUCACGUGAUGACGUCAUAUCUGCGCGCCAAUACUCAAGCGAUGCAUGCGCCUGCAUCAGCUAGAAGUUUUGUGUUGUUCCUGGAACUCCAGAGUCUGUUUUGGUGGCAUAUUGUUCACUUAUUUUCAUCUGCUAACAUCAGGAAACCUGUGACUCGCCGUUUUAUUAAUCCGCGGCCUAAACAGGGGAGUUUAACGAUGGAGGAGCAGGACACAAACACCGGGAAACGCAAACACGACGACGCGCCGGAGUCCCAGGAGACAGGCGGCCGGGAUAAGAAGCGAAGAGGAGCCGGAGGGAAGAAGCUCCGUCCCGGGGAGAGGUACGUCCCACCGCCCCAGAAACGGAAUCCGGAGGUCAGCUUCGGCCAGGAACACUUCGACGAGACGUCCUACUUCUUCGAAGGCGGCCUGCGCAAAGUUUCCCCUUAUUACUUUGACUUUAAAACCUACUGCAAAGGCCGGUGGGUCGGGAAAAGCCUGCUGGAGGUCUUCAAGAGCGAGUUCAGAGCGGAGUCCGUCGAGUACUAUGAGAAGGCUGCGAAAGAGGGCCGCAUCCGGCUCAACGAGAGUCCUGUGGAUGACCUGUCCGUGGUGCUCAGGAAUAACGACCACAUGAGGAACACCGUGCAUCGCCAUGAGCCUCCCGUAAUCGGCGCGCCGCUAAAGAUCCUGGUGGACGACGGGGAAGUCCUCGUGGUCGAUAAGCCGGCUUCCAUCCCCGUCCAUCCGUGCGGCCGUUUCCGCCACAACACGGUGAUCUUCAUCCUGGGGAAAGAGCACGGCGUGUCCAAGCUGCACACCGUCCACAGACUGGACAGACUCACCUCCGGGGUGUUACUGUUCGCCCGGACGCUGGAGACGUCCAAGAAGCUGGACCAGCUGGUGAGGGACAGACAGCUUGAGAAGGAGUAUGUGUGUCGAGUAGAGGGGGAAUUUCCCGAGGGCGAGCUGAUCUGUGAGGAGCCCAUCCUGGUGGUCUCCUUUAAAAUCGGGCUCUGCCGGGUCGACCCGAAAGGGAAAGAGAGCAGAACCGUCUUCCAGAGACUCAGCUUCAACGGCAAAACCAGCGUAGUCCGCUGUUUACCGCUCACCGGCCGCACACACCAGAUCCGAGUCCACCUGCAGUACCUGGGCUUUCCCAUCCUCAACGACCCCAUAUAUGGGUCCCUCGCCUGGGGCCCCCACAGGGCCAAAGGGGGCCUGGUGGGGAAGAGCGACGAAGAGCUGCUGCAGGCUUUAGUGGAAGAACAUCGCUCUCAGGAAAGUUUACACCUGCUGGACUUCGUGGAUGACUGCGGCGCUGCGAAGGAAGCAGAGAAAACAAAGGCUUUUCCGACACAAACGGAGGAAGAAAACUCCAGCCAGGUUCCACCAGAGGAGCAUCAGAGUUUUGGAUCAACUGGAGCUGAAUCGGGUCAGAAAAGUCCCCCAGGAAGCCGGGACCACCUGUGCAGCGAAUGCAAGCUGGUGCGACCGGACCCCACGGAGAAGGAGCUCGUCAUGUAUCUCCACGCUUUACGCUACAAAGGACCGGACUUUGAAUAUUCCACACAGUUACCCGUCUGGGCCGAAGCGGACUGGGAGGAGACCGAUCUCAGCUGACCUCGUUUAUUUAUUUUGUCUCUAAUUUCUGGGGUUUUAUUUUGAUUCUUCUCAGGAGAUUAUCUGAAGACGUUGCUGUAAAACGCCUCAGUGGGAGUUUUGUUUGUAUUUAAUUUCAAACAUGUGAAAUAAACCAA